AUGGUUAUAUUUGCCCAAUUAGGCUACAUGUGGAAUACCCAUUUCAAUGUGAUCAAAUUUAUUGAUUCAUCAAGUUCAAGGCAUGAAAUACAAGCCAUCCACGAAGUGAAAAGUAUUAUACCAAUUUUAUCCAAUACUGCAUAUCCUCGAGACACAGCCAACCAGCUUAGCAAUAUUAUUAACCCAGUUGGAAGUUUAUCGUUCCACGCCUCUACAGCUGGAGAAAUUAAAUCAUUAAGAAAGUUACCAUCAUUUUUUUUUGCACCACAGUUACCACCCACUGAUUGUAGCUUACAUCUAGAGUUAUAUGCUGAUUUUAGUUUACAUCUAGAGUUAAAUACUGAUUUUAGCUUACAUCUAGAGUUAUAUGCUGAUUUUAGUUUACAUCUAGAGUUAUAUACUGAUUUUAGUUUACACCUAGAGUUAUAUGCUGAUUUUAGUUUACAUCUAGAGUUAUAUGCUGAUUUUAGUUUACAUCUAGAGUUAUAUACUGAUUUUAGUUUACAUCUAGAGUUAUAUGCUGAUCAAUGUAAACAUCUAGAGUUAUAUACUGAUUUUAGUUUACAUCUAGAGUUAUAUGCUGAUCAAUGUAAACAUCUAUAG